AUGGGCAGCCCCGAACGAGAACUCUGUCCACCGCCAUCUGAAGAAGAUGAACUAACACUGCCAAGAGCAAGUAUUAACAAAAUGAUUAAGGAACUAGUACCCUCAGUAAGAGUGGCUUUUGAAUCAAGAGAAUUAAUUUUAAACUGCUGCACUGAAUUCAUUCAUCUAAUUAGUUCUGAAGCAAAUGAAGUAUGUAACCAAAGCAAUAAAAAAACAAUAAAUGCAGAACAUGUACUUACUGCCCUAGACAAGCUAGGUUUCAGUGAUUACACAGUAGAAGCUGAAGCUGUAUUAAAAGAUUGCAAAGCCGUUGCUGCUAAACGAAGAAGGCAGAGUACUAGGCUAGAAAAUCUUGGUAUUCCUGAAGAAGAAUUAUUGAGACAACAACAAGAACUUUUUGCUAAGGCUCGUGAAGAACAAGCUAAGCAAGAACAACAGCAAUGGCUAUUAUUGCAGCAACAGGGUCUUGUGGGGCCUGAAGGUGCUCCACAAACAUAUAUACCACCAUUGGUUCCAAAACAAGAUGAUGAAGAUGAUGACUACUCAUAG